AUGGCAAAAAAGAAUUCUUUAGCAGCCCGUAAAAAACAGCACGCAGCUGAUCUUGCAAAAGAAAAAAGAGAAAACGAAAAAACAGAAGAAAAUAAAGAAAAAAGAUUAAGAAAACAAAAGAGAAAGGUUGAAGAAGAAAAAUUAAAUAAAAUUGUUUAUGAUGAAGUUGAGGAUGAAGGAAAUAAAAGAGGUAGAAAGAAGGUUAGACGUGAAGUUAUGGAAGAAUAA